CUCCCCAAAGUCAUCAAAGAACAAAGAAACAUGGCAGUCAACAAAGUUGUGAUCCUGCUGGCUUUUCUUCUUGUGUGCGGAAUUGUUUUGAUUAGGGUGGAUGGGCAGUAUGAUGGCGGCAAAGUGUGCGCCCAAGUCUGCGAGCAACGAGUGGCGACGAUGAAGUGCCCACCAGGAAACAAGCCAACUCGUCCAUUGUGUGUCAACUGCUGCACUGCCGGAACGGGCUGCAAACUCUUCAGAUCUGAUGGAUCUCUACUCUGCACUGGAACUUAGAUGGACUCCGUUUACUUCAAGAAAUUGAUCUUUCAAAAACAUAUGCCAACAGAAUAUCUAUUUCUCACUCUUAGUAUUCAUGUUACAUUACAUGCUUGUACUUUCAGUACAUUAAAGGCUUAAUUCGUGUGUUUAAGUAUACGGGCUUCUUCAGUUAAUAAAAACCAUAUUAUUAU